AUGAUCCUCACCGACAACCCCUACUACAACGAGCCCGGCUACGAGCGGUCCGCGGGCACCGCGCAGGGCCAGCGCGCCAGCCAGGCGUACGACGACCACCUGCUGCCGCACACGAUGGACCUGGCGAUCGCGCGGCCGGCGACGGAGCUGGCCAAGGAGAGCCACGCCGGGGUGUACGAGCCGUUCCGCCAAGGCAAGCCACCGCUGUGCCCCAAACACCGCGCCAGCCGGCCAGUCGUGAUGUCGUGUCCUUUCGACGAUGUGCGGGAUGCGGCCGGGUGGGCUGACAGGGGGUUGCGUCGUGCGUGCUUCGCUGUGCAGCGCUGA